CACUUAACUGAGACCUUGCGCGUUUCACUUCUUUCUGGGUUCUUCACAUUUCCUUUCAUCCUUGUUCGUUAAUUCAAUUCACAACAGAAGCGCGAGCCCUAGACCUGAAUCUCGCCGGUAACAACACACAAUUUGUGCCUUGACUGGGUCGGUUUUCAUAACAUUGCCCGCAGGUAGUUGAAUCUAGUACAUUUUGUUACACGAAAAUUUCUGUGGGGUUUCUCUGUUACAAUGGAGGAGCUGAAAUCUGCUAUGGAGGAGCACAUGGACCUUAUGGCUGAUCUUGUUCAGAAGCUCUCUUCGGAUCUUCGUGCUGGCUUCCGCCCUGCUUACGAUAACUUUAUUGGUUUUUUCUAUGCCAUUGACUGGAAGGAACCUUGGCUAAUGGCAUUACUAGGAUUCCAUGUUGUGUUGCUGCUUGUAACUAUCAUCUCUAGGAAGAAGACUAACUUUCAAAUGUUCUUGUUCCUUUUGACAUUGGCUGGUGUAUAUCUUGCUGAGAGGCUGAACAGAUUUUUGGGAAAAAACUGGAAAAGUUUCUCUAGUCAGAACUACUUUGAUCCGAGUGGACUAUUUAUGUCAGUUCUUUGGUCUGGACCUCUUCUUGUCAUUUCUAUGAUAAUCUUGAUCAAUACACUCUUCUCCUUAUGUUACUUGAUUGUGAGGUGGAAAAGAGCUGAACUGAGACAUCGUGCAAGGGCUGCUCGCAAUAAGCAGGACUAGUUGUUUUGUGAUGGGAAUGUGGGAUUUUGAUGGAUUAAACUCUGAAGGAGUUCAUAUCAAUGGCAAUGUAAUCAUAUGGUUUUACAAAUGAAUUUUGUCUUCUUUUUUUUUAAAAAAAAAAAAUCAUAUUCUGUACUUGUCAUUCUAGUUAUCUUUGUGUACACUAUUAACGGGUUUUUUUCCUACUUUUAGCUCCUUUUAUUAAAGGGGCUGAGAAUUUAACAAAGUGCUAAUUAGAUUGUAUGGUU